UUCUAAAAGCCCCUUGCCAUUUCCAUUUCCAUUUCCGAGUUUCAACGCUUCAUCACUCUCAGUCCAUCACCGACAAUACAAUUUUCUGCAAUUCAGUGACCAAGGGGAAACUUACUCGAUCCUCUCCGGCGUCGCCAUUUGAAGAUGGAUCCAGUAGUUUCGAUUGCGGUGCUCUCGCUUCUUCUCGGAGCCGUGAUAGCUCUCCUUUUCUUCAAAACCUACUUUCUCAAGCGGAGAUCUGAAGUCCAGUCUAUUGCCAAAUCGGAGCUCCAACCGUCCGAUCCGAAGAAGCCUUCCAAGACGCCUCAGCCGGUGUCCAGAAAAUCUCACUCCAAAGCUCACUCUCACGGCUCUGACAAGGAACAAAACAAGCGUCAUCAUCCUUUAGAUUUGAAUACUCUCAAAGGCCAUGGGGAUUCAGUUACGGGGUUAUGUUUCUCCGCUGAUGGACAAAGUUUGGCAACAGCCUGUGCUGAUGGAGUGGUCAGGGUUUUUAAAUUGGAUGAUGCUUCAAGUAAAAGUUUCAAGUUUUUGAGAAUUAAUUUGCCUGCUGGAGGUCAUCCAACAGCUGUUGCUUUUUCUGCUGAUGCAUCUUCUGUAGUUGUGGCUUCUCAGACUCUGUUGGGUUGUUCCUUGUACAUGUACGGAGAAGAGAAAGUAAAAGCUUCUAAUGAAAAUAAACAGCAAUCAAAGCUUCCACUCCCAGAAAUUAAAUGGGAACACCACAAAGCCCACGAAAAAAGAGCAAUUUUGACCCUAGCUGGAGCAACUGCAAGUUAUGGCAGUGGAGAUGGGAGUUCAAUUAUUGCCUCAUGUUCAGAAGGGACUGAUAUCAUAGUUUGGCAUGGUAAAACUGGGAAAAUUUUGGGGACUGUUGACACAAAUCAGUUGAAAAAUACCAUGGCUACUAUAUCACCGAAUGGACGUUUUCUUGCAGCUGCAGCUUUUACCGCAGAUGUGAAGGUAUGGGAGAUUAUGUAUUCAAAGGAUGGUUCCGUCAAGGAGGUCAUGAAUGUCAUGCAGCUGAAAGGGCACAAGAGUGCAGUAACUUGGUUAUGCUUUUCCACAAAUUCAGAGCAUAUCAUUACAGCAUCGAAGGAUGGUUCAAUAAGAAUUUGGAACAUCAAUGUUCGAUAUCAUCUUGAUGAGGAUCCAAAAACUUUGAAGGUGUUCCCAAUACCACUCCGUGAUUCAAGUGGCACUGCUUUGCACUAUGAUCGCCUUGCUUUAUCACCUGAUGGAAAGAUACUGGCAGCAACCUGUGGUUCAACAUUGCAGUGGCUAUGCAUGGAAACAGGGAAGGUUUUGGAUACAGCUGAAAAGGCCCAUGAUGGUGAUAUCACUUGGAUCGCAUGGGCACCCAAGGCUUUACCAACAGGAAAUGAGCAAGUGGUGGUUCUAGCCACUGCUGGUGUUGACAAGAAAGUGAAGUUUUGGGCAUCUCCUUCAGUGGCGUCUUCAUGAAGAAAUUUUUGGGUUAAUGUUGUGUUGACUAGGCUCCUUGCAGGUGUAGUCUUAACAGGUUACCGAGUGGAUGUAGGCAGCCCUUCCUGCUGAAGCGUGGUAGAAUCUGGAACUUAUUGCAGCCAAGUUUCAAGCGUACAAAGAGGAAAGUUUGUGUUACAUGGUCAGAUAUUAGUGAAAUUUUAAGGACUAGAAAAAUUCUAUGGAAAUUUUGCACUUUCUCUAUGGUUCUCUUUCUUUAUAAAAAUAUCAUCUUUACAUGAUUUGGGAAAGGCCGUGUUGGUUUGUGCUGAUCUUAGAGACAGAUAGAAAUUAACUGCGGAAAACGAAGUUGCGGGUAAAGCUUGUGGAAGGUGGUGGAAAGAUAUGCCUCUGGCUCUGCAUCUGAAAAUACUAGACUGUACCAAUGUUGUCUCCGGAGGAAUUUAUCUGACCC